GCCAGGGUAUGGCAUCCGUUAAACUUAAUAGCAUAGUUACAAGAUGCGGGACAAAACAAGCGCGUCAUCCAAACACUGGAAUGGGAGCAUUACUCACCCCCCAACUUUUUAACCUCCACUGGGGUGAUGGGUUGCGUUUACUCCAGAGCUUGCAUCGGCGAGAUUUGCGUGCCGAGAGAUGCAAGAAUCAAAGAGCCGCAAAGCGUAAGGCCAAACGCGGCGGAGCUUGUUGUUUUCUCACCCACAUCUACAAACGAAGACGACGAAAACAGAGACCAAAUUCACUCUCAGUUAAGCCUGAACCUACCUGGUGACCCCGAGCUUGGCAUCACUCGCCUUUCUAGGGUUUCAGCUCAGUUCCUUCCGCCGGACGGCUCUCGAACAGUUAAGGUUCCGUCUGGCAAUUUCGAGCUUAACUAUUCUUACUUAUCUCAAAGAGGUUAUUAUCCAGAUGCCUUAGAUAAAGCUAAUCAAGACAGUUUUUGUAUCCACACUCCGUUUGGAACAAAUCCUGAUGAUCAUUUCUUCGGCGUUUUCGACGGCCACGGUGAAUUCGGAGCUGAGUGUUCGCAGUUCGUGAAAAGAAAAUUAUGCGAAAAUUUAUUAAGAAAUAAUAAAUUCCACGUCGACGCCACCGAAGCUUGCGAUGCUGCGUAUUUGACGACAAACACACAGCUACACGCUGAUAGUUUGGAUGAUAGCAUGAGCGGAACGACGGCUAUAACGGUUUUAGUUCGUGGUCGGACGAUAUACGUGGCGAAUUCUGGUGAUUCGAGAGCGGUUAUAGCGCAAAAAAGAGGGAAAGAAAUCGUGGCCGUUGAUUUGUCAAUUGAUCAGACGCCGUUUCGAGUUGAUGAGAUGGAGAGAGUGAAGCUUUGCGGAGCGAGAGUGCUUACAUUAGAUCAAAUUGAAGGGUUGAAGAAUCCAGAUGUACAGUGCUGGGGAACGGAAGAAGGCGAUGAUGGUGAUCCUCCCAGGCUUUGGGUGCCGAAUGGGAUGUAUCCUGGAACGGCUUUUACGAGGAGUAUUGGAGAUUCAAUUGCUGAGACAAUUGGUGUUGUAGCGAAUCCGGAGAUUGUUGUGUUGGAGCUUACUGAAGACCACCCUUUCUUUGUGCUUGCUAGUGAUGGGGUUUUCGAGUUCCUUUCUAGUCAAACAGUGGUUGACAUGGUUGCAAAAUACAAGGAUCCUCGUGAUGCUUGUGCUGCAAUCGUUGCUGAAUCUUAUCGACUUUGGCUUCAGUAUGAAACCCGUACUGAUGAUAUUACUGUGAUUGUUGUGCAUAUUAGUGGGCUAUCUGGUGUUAAUUGUGAAACAGCUAAACCUGCUACAAUUUUACGGCCUCCUGUUCCUCAAGUGUUAGAGGCAACAGGAUCAGAAUCUCCUUCAACCUUUAGCUGGAGCUCGAGGAACCACAGAGCAAGGCAUGACUUAUCACGGGCUCGUCUUCGUGCAAUUGAGAGUUCAUUGGAGAAUGGGCAAGUCUGGGUGCCACCACCUCCAUCUCACAGGAAAACUUGGGAAGAAGAAGCACAUAUAGAGCGGGCAUUGCAUGACCAUUUCCUCUUCAGAAAAUUAACGGAUUCACAGUGUCAUGUUUUAUUGGAUUGCAUGCAAAGAGUAGAGGUCCAACCAGGGGAUAUUGUCAUUAAACAGGGUGGUGAAGGUGACUGCUUUUAUGUUGUCGGAAGUGGAGAAUUUGAAGUCUUAGCAACCCAGGAAGAUAAAAAUGGAGAGGUGCCAAGGGUUUUGCAGAAGUAUACAGCUGAGAAGUUAUCAUCAUUUGGGGAGCUGGCACUGAUGUACAAUAAGCCUCUCCAAGCCUCUGUGCGUGCUGUGACAAAUGGAACUCUUUGGGCUCUAAAACGAGAAGAUUUUCGUGGAAUUUUGAUGUCUGAGUUUUCUAAUUUGUUAUCCUUGAAGUUGCUUCGCUCUGUGGAUCUUCUAUCUAGAUUGACAAUUUUACAGCUGAGUCAUGUUGCAGAUUCUCUUUCUGAAAUUUCCUUUUCUAAUGGGCAGGCCUUAGUUAAUAGGAAUGAAUGCCUCUCUGCAUUGUAUAUUAUCCAGAAGGGGCAAGUGAGAAUUACUUUUGAUAUGGAUUUGUUAAGCUGUCCAAGCGUCUGUAGUCUCAAGUCUGAUAACCCCAAAGAGGACAAUGAUCAACAGAUUGGCAAGGAACUGUCUGUUGAAAAGACAGAAGGAAGCUAUUUUGGAGAAUGGACACUUCUUGGGGAACAGAUUGGUUCUUUAAGCGCCAUUGCAGUGGGUGAUGUAACGUGUGCUCUUUUGACGAAGGAGAAGUUUGAUUCAGUUGUUGGUCCUUUGACAAAGCUUUCCCAAGAUGACCAUAAGUCUCGAGACUAUUCUCCAGAUGUGCCAAAGGCUUCUCUCAAAGAAAUUGAUCUAUCAACUCUUGCUAAAGUUAGCAUCUCCCAGUUGGAGUGGAAAACAUGUUUAUAUUCCACUGACUGUAGUGAGAUUGGGCUUGUACUUCUAAGAGACACAGAAAAUAUGCUUAGUUUGAAGAGGUUUUCAAAGCAGAAGAUCAAAAAACUAGGAAAAGAAGCACAAGUUUUAAAGGAGAAGGAUCUGAUGAAGAGUAUGAGUUCUGCAGCUUGUGUGCCUGAGGUGCUAUGCACUUGUGCUGAUCAAAUGCAUGCUGCAAUUCUAUUGAAUACAUGCCUUGCUUGCCCUUUGGCUUCAAUACUUCACACUCCUCUAGAUGAACAAUCGGCAAGGUUCUGUGCUGCCUCUAUUGUUUCUGCCUUAGAAGAUCUACAUGAGAAUGGCGUGCUUUACAGAGGUGUGUCUCCAGAUGUUUUAAUGUUGGACAAAACAGGCCAUUUACAGCUAGUUGACUUCAGAUUUGGAAAGAAGUUAUCUAGUGAGAGAACAUUUACAAUUUGCGGAAUGGCAGACUCUUUAGCGCCAGAGGUAGUUCAGGGAAAGGGCCAUGGUCUUCCUGCUGACUGGUGGGCCCUGGGAGUCCUGAUCUAUUUCUUGUUGCAAGGUGAAAUGCCAUUUGGGUCAUGGAGACAAAGCGAGCUCGAUACAUUUGCAAAGAUUGCAAGAGGAUACUUUAUUCUUUCACAUAAUUUGAGCCCUGAAGCUGUUGAUCUAAUAACUAAGUUACUUGAAGUUGAUGAAAAGACAAGACUGGGAAGCCAUGGCUCCUCUUCUGUUAGAAGUCAUCUGUGGUUUGAUGGUGUUGACUGGAAAGGGAUCAAAGAUCGGACUUGUCCUGUUCCACAAGAGUUAGCUUCUCGUGUAGCUCAACAUUUGGAAAUACAUUCUGAGGAUUGCCCUGUUGCUGUUGCUUCCCCACCUCAGGAUAUUGCAGAACUCAAUGUUCCGGACUGGCUUGAUGAUUGGUAGAAGAACGACUUAUAUGCAUUUCCAUCCUUUUUGCCGACAGUUUCCAAGUGGAGUUCUAUUCCUUGUGGUGAGACUGACUACCAGUGCGUCAGAAACUAGGCAGAGAUAUCAUUGCAGUAAUUCAAGUAUAAAGUUGCCGGCCUUAGAUUGCUUAUAAUUCUGUGAUUCCUUUUUUCAGUGCCAUGAAUUCAGAGUAGCAUUGGAAGAAUAUCUCAGCUAGUUGGCCAUAUAACCUAUUCAGUGGAUAGCUCCAUUAUCAGGCUUUUAUUUUAAAAUCUCCAAUUUUUUUUACAUAUUUCCCACUUUUUUAAAUGGGUAAAUAUGUAAAUGAGGGUUUCUUGUAAAUCAAGCUAUAUACAUUGGUAGCAGUAGAUAAUUAAUAGGCAUUUACCGUUUGGGUCAUCAUAUUCAUAGAUGUAUGGAAUAUGAUAUGUUGUUUGAGAAUUCUAAUCUAUGAUUGACCUCUGUAAUUUAUAUUGCAAAGAUAUUCCACCGUUGACUUUUUCUGCUGUGA